UUAGUUCCAGGCAUCUGAGAGGAGAAAGAUGUAUCGAUUCCGUUUACGGGCAUCCACGGGGAUUUCUACCGCUUCAGCAGCUUUGUUUAUCAACUGCCUUCCUCAAUCGCAUCAGUUGCCUCGGUCCGGGAAGCCGGCCUCUGAAAGACAAUUCUAUAGUAAAAAGCGCUCCUGGUCUUCCAUCCGCUGAUUGUCACUACCGCCCGACGAAGGAAAGAAAGUAAAACCAGAGACCGAGACUUCGGUGCCGGAGCGCCAGCAGAAGUCGCGCGAAGAUACUACCGUUGUAGGCCGCUGCCAUGCCCAAGUUGAAGCGGCGAGGAGGGGGAACCCCGCGCGGAACAUCAGGUGCCCAGCACAGAAACAUGCAACCUUUUAGUGAUGAAGAUGCAUCAGUUGAAACUAUGAGCCACUGCAGUGGCUUCAGUGAUCCUGCCAGCUUCAAUGAAGAUGGACCUGAGGUUGAUGACGAAGCAACCCAAGAGGAUUUGGAAUAUAAACUGAAGGGGUUUAUUGACUUGACUUUGGAUAAGAGUACAAAGACAAGAUGGUCUGCUCUUGAUGGUCUGAAAAGUGCUUUGACAUCAAAAAUGCUUUAUGAGUUCAUCCUGGAAAGGAGAAUAACACUCACAGACAGUAUUGAACGUUGUAUCAAGAAAGGCAAGGGUGAUGAACAGCGUGCAGCUACCGGACUGGCUUGUCUGCUCUGCAUACAGUUGGGGUCAGGAAUUGAAAGUGAGGAAGUCUUUAAAACCCUUGCACCUGUCCUGAAAAAAAUACUCUGUGAUGUAUCAGCAAGUACGCAAGCUAGGCAAGCUUCUGCUACCUGCUUAGGAGUCUGUUGCUUUAUUAAUACUGACGAUAUCACGGAAUUAUAUUUGACUAUGGAAUGCUUGGAAAGUAUCUUCACAAAAUCCUAUCAGAAAGAGAGAAAUCAAAAUGGUAUUUCCAGCAUUCAGAACACAGGUCUUUAUGUAAGGGCUCUUGUGGCAUGGACCCUUCUGUUAACUAUCUGCCCAAUGAAUGAACUGAAGAAAAAGUUUGAAAUGUAUUUGCAUACAUUUCCUAGUCUGCUGUCCUGUGAUGAUGUAAAUAUGAGAAUUGUUGCUGGGGAAACAUUGGCUGUUUUAUUUGAACUUGCAAGAGAAUCUGAUGAGGAUUUUUUUUAUGAGGAUUUGGAACUUCUAAAACAGAAAUUGAAGGCUCUGGCUACAGAUGGAAAUAAGCAUCGUGCUAAAGUAGACAAAAGGAAACAGCGAUCUGUCUUCAGGGAUGUCUUACGAGCUAUAGAGGAACAUGAUUUUCCCACAGAGACAGUCAAGUUUGGACCAGAGCGUAUGUACAUUGACUGUUGGGUUAAAAAACAAACAUAUGAUACUUUCAAGGAAAUUUUAGGACCAGGAAUGCAAUAUCAUUUACAGUCCAAUGAGCUUCUCCGGAAUAUCUUUGAACUUGGUCCACCACUGAUGCUUGAUGAGACAACUCUUAAGACCAUGAAGAUAACCCAUUUUGAAAGGCAUCUGUACAACUCUGCAGCAUUCAAAGCUCGGACUAAGGCUCGAAGUAAAUGCCGUGAUAAAAGAACAGAUGUAGAUGAAGUGUUCUAGGACAAGUCUUCAAAGCCCUUUAACAUGCUUUUUUGUUAAAUCUAGUUCUUGUUUGGGUACAAUUAAUUGCAGUGUACAGAGUUAAAUCUUUUUAAUUGUGUCAGUACCACAUUUUGUACAGCACUUGAUGUAUAUUAAGCUGGCUAGAUAAAUAUAUAGUAUAAGUGACAUAGGAUAGAUGGUAGGAGAGAAUUUCCUGAUAUAGUGGGUAAAAAUAAACUUUUUACUUGGAAAAAUUCUUAAUAUUCACCUAAUGCUGAGGACACUCCUGAUUCAAUUUUUUAUAUAUAUUUGGAUUUUGAUGAAAUAAGUUAUGGAUCUUAAGUACAUUCUUUGGAGAUGAGUGUCCCUUGGUAAAAGCUACUAUUUUACAAUCAGUUAAACAUUUUAAAAAUAAAUAUCCAAUUUAUUAUAGUGACAUCAGAAUAAUAGGGCAAUAUUAUCAAAUUCAGUUGAUACAUUCUUAAGUAGCACACAAAUGUUUAAUGUUACUUAAUGCUGAACUUGGGUAAUAAAAAUAUCUCUGAAUUUUUGUGUGAAAUGUGUAUGAAUAAUGAAAAUUUUCAAAUAUAAAAAUAUUGUUCUGGCUUU